AGCGGUAUGGUAAAUAAUUACUUUUUUUUACAUUUUUUUUUUUUUAAGGAACAUUUUACUAUUAAAACUGCUCUUUCCAAUGAACUAAUUUUUAUUCCAAAAUGUUUCCUCAAAAUUGAAGGAUUUAGCGUUACAAAAUAUUCCACUCCAUAUGUCUUUGUUCUGGCGAUCAAAUAUUUCUGUGCACGAAGUGAGUUAUGACUCACGUUUACUAAAAAUAAUGUGACUUCAGCAUUGAGAACUUUCUGUUUACGCUAUAUUUAUGCAUAAGGUGUGAGACAUAAGCGAGACAAAAAGCACUGGAAAAAAGUUAAAUUAUAUAAUAUAGCAUUUCGUCAUUUUUUUUUAUUAUUAUAAGUUUCUUUUUGUUAUCGUGAAAAUGUCUUCGAAAUCGUCAAAUUAUCGUAGAAAUCCAUUCAAAACUUCAAGAAAAAAAAGGAAAAAUAAACAACGGAAAUUUGAUUCAGAGAAACAAAAAGAGCUAAAGGUAUUGGAUAAAGGAUCUUGGUAUGAUCAAGAUAAAUUAUUGCGAGAACAAGGGAUCCGAGGUAAUUUUGAAAAGGAAAAAAAAGCUUCUGCCAGUCAAAGCAAAAUUGGAAGUUAUGAAUUCAGCUCGUCUGACGAAGAAGAAAAAUCAGAAAGUGAAAUCGAGGUUAUGGAUGAUGAACAAUUUUCCAAGGCCGUUCAUCACUGGAUAAUAUCAAUCGAAGCCUUGGAAAAUUACUUAAGCGAUGUUGCUGUAUGUAAGAUGUGCCAUGAUAAAUUAGAGGUUCGGGAAGAAAAAUCUUACAGAGCGGGACUGGGUACGAAGUUCCAUUUCAUUUGUGUGAACAAACAUUGUAUUAGUUCAGUCUCGAGUAAGGGAUUUUACACAACUGAGAAAUCUAGUUAUACCUAUGACAUCAACAGACAAAGCGUAAUUGGUGCAAGAGUUAUUGGAAAAGGUAGGAAUGGGUUGGAGAAAAUAUGUUCUGUUUUGGGUUUAGCAACACCGUUAUCGAAGUCGUGCUUUGCAGAACAAACAAAGUUACUAGAAUUGAAGGCUUUUGAUACACUUCAGGAAAACCUUUCAAAUGCUGCGAAAUAUACUAGAAAAGUAGAACUAGCGGGUGUGGAAGAUACAAACGAGCCCGUGAACGUCGCUAUGUGUUUUGAUGGUUCGUGGAAGAAAAGGGGUUGGACAUCUUUUCAGGGAAUUGCUGGCGCAAUAGCCGAUAGUACAGGGCAAGUCCUAGAUGUUGUUUUCAAAAAUAGUUAUUGCAGACUCUGUAAUCAAAUGCAAGAUAAGAAAAGCACUAAUGAAAUAAGUCAACUGGAUUAUCUCAAUUGGUAUUGUGAUCAUGAACCUGAUUGUUUUUUAAACCAUGAUGGAAGCCCUCAUAAAAUAGAAUCAGACGGAGUCGUCGAGAUGUAUAUGCGGUCAUUAGAGAAACACAACAUUCGUUAUUUACCUUUCAUUGGCGACGGUGAUAGUUCCUCAUUCAGAUCGGUGGAAAGUUUGAUGCCAUAUGGACCUUUGGUGAAUAUCGAAAAACAUGAGUGCGUGAAUCAUAUAACAAAAAGAAUGGGAACUGGAUUGAGAUCACUUUUAAAAGAAUUUAAAGGCAGAAAACUUUCUGAUGGAAAAAGUCUUGGAGGCAGAGGAGGAGGUUUAACAAUCGCCAAGUGUGACGUUAUUCAGAAUUUUUACGGUAAAUCAAUCCGCGAUAAUAAGGGAGAUGCAAAAGCGAUGUCAGAGGCUGUUUGGGCAAUUCUAGAGCAUUAUUCAAGUUCCUCUGAUGAACCACGACAUCAAAGAUGCCCAGUCAGGCCCACAUCUUGGUGCAGCUAUAACCGUGAUUUGUGCUUAGGCACUAAUGCUCAUAAACCGUUGAAAAAUCCACUGAGACCUGCUGUUCGCGAAACUUUGAUUCCACUGUUUACGCGUUUAGCCAAUCAGGAGUUUUUAGAAGGUGUAAAACAAUGCUAUACACAGAAUCCAAACGAAUCCCUCCACCACUUAAUUUGGACAAUCGUGCCUAAGGAGCAAAACAACUCUCCUGAAGAAAUAUCGCUUGGAAUCAGUCUUGGUGUAUGCAUCUUCAAUAGUGGUAUAAAUUACACCCUAACAAGUUUAUUCAAAAAAUGUUCCCUGCAGUACACUGAAACCAUGUCAAACAAGUGGAAAGCAAUCGAUAAUGAGCGCAUAAAGAAUGCUGAGUAUAAGAACCAAGAAACUGUAAAACUACGUCGGAAGGAGAAGAAACGUUCGCGUUGUAAGAAGCAGGAUGCAUUUCAGCGACAAGAGGGUACUCAAUACAAAUCAGGGGCUUUUCAGUCAAACUGUUCAACAAGAGGGCGUGGCUCGAAACGAAAAAAGAAAUAAUUGCGUUUAUGUAUUUUAUAUUUUUCAUGUUUGAAAAGUAACCUAUUUUUUAUAUAUAUUUUUUUAUAUUUCAUACUGUUAUUAGGGGAAGUUCUAAAGAAUCGCAGAAUUCUGUCAUUGAAACUUUGUAUGCGUUCUAAAAGAAAAAUAGAAAUUCUUUUAUAUAAAACAGUGAUACUUCAAUUUCAUAGUUUUAGCUUCAUUUUACUAACCUCUCUAAAUUCGCCUACUAUAUCUCCUGGACAGAGGGAUCGAAGAUAGGAUAGUAUCGAGGGUGGAAAUGAAUACUCGGGAUUUUCCGGUCCUACUUCUUUUCUCUGAAAUGAACAAUAACAUUAUUAUUAUAAUCUUUUUAAAGAUGAUAAUAAAAAUGUAAUCAAAUCAUUUUUUUUACCAAGAGGUUUCUAGCCCA